CUGAAGACCGCCACCACCAGCAUCGAGCUGAGCGUGCUGUCGGGAACCAGAUCGGCCCUCUCAGGCACUGAAGCGACCCUGCUUUGUUCUCGAAGCGGGGAGCAUUGAGAGGCGUUUUGUUGCCAUUCCCGGCACCUGGUGCGAGGACAACGCGACACUUGCCCCGCCCACUCGAGGGCAGCAACUCUGGCCUCUACACGAGAGUGGUCAUUGGCCUGGCAGUCUUUCCGCCCCGACUGAUGCAUCCGGCCAGCACGUAUCCCAAUACCCUGCACCGCCUCCACCGGACCAGGCGACGAACGGUCUGAUAAAACCAUCCUCCCUUUCUCUUCGUCCUCCCCUCUCUACCAGGUCGACGGCAUCGUGUCGUAGUACCACACGAACGUCGCCAAAGUGGCUUCCGGUUCAGGACCUUGGGCAUCAUUGGGUGCCUCGUUCGCCAGCCUCGCCGGCAAUUUUAGUUCGGCGCUGCGGGGCUUUCCUGCGUCGCUGCACACGUAUCUAGACGCCGCGGGCGAUCGCGUGGCGGGUGCGACCGGCUACCUCCAGUUAACAACCGGCCUUUCACCGACGGUGCUCUACGCGACGGCCGGUGCCCUCCUGUUCCUCGGCGCCAUCCCAGCAGUCUUGGCACGUAACGGACAAGGCAGCAGAAAAUCUGGAAGCAUGUCGCGCUACGGCUUCUCAAGCCGCGGGGGGUUUUCGCCCUUCAGCUCGCAGGAUGGCGUGCCCAACGUGACAGACGAGGAUUUCAGCUACAUCACGUCGGCAGACCUAGAAGAUCAUGAGUUCGACUUCCCUCAGCCGUAUAUUAUGCCCCACUCGCACAUCGUCGACUACAAUCACUUCUCCCACUCGGCUCCUGCGCCUGCCUAUGGUCAGCCCCGACCCGAAGACGACGUCAUGCUGAUCAGGUACCGGGGCGUCACCUACCCGGAGCACUUUCCGGCAUAUUCGAUCGGUGACGGGAAGCUGUUAGUCAGCGAUGUGCGAGAGCGUGUGAUGAUGAUCCUGGACCUAUCGGAUCGCCAGGCGAAGAAGAUCAGGAUGUACUACAAAGGCCGCCGUCUAAAGGACCCCGCGACCCCAGUGCGCAAAUACGGUGUCAAAGACAACAGCGAAGUCUUGGUGAUACUGGACGAAUCGGGAUACGAAAGCAGCGAGAGCGAAGAGGAGGCGGUCGUGGUUGGAAGGGAUAGCAGAGGGAGGUACGAGGGGCCGGGAGAGUCGCCGAGAUCGCCGAGGCUCGGCCGUUCGGACAGAGUGGGUGACCGGAGCCCCCGGGACAGCUCCUCGCAGGUCGGCACAGAAGUUCCGGUGGACGACAGCAGGAGGAGAGGCACAUCCAGAGUGCGAGCCCAUUCACCUGGAUCAGCCGUCUCGGCAGCCAGCGCACCUGUCGCUCCCCCCGUCGUUCCCCCCGUCGCUCCCCCCGUCGGCAUCCCCGGAGGCCCCAUCGAAAAGCUGAACAACAUUGCCGCGGACUUCGACAGCAAAUGGCUGCCCUUGUGCAUGGAGUUCGCGGCGAACCCUCCUAUGGACGCUAAAAAGCGCAUCGAUGAGCAUCGCAAGCUUUCCGAAACCAUCAUGCAGCAGGUCCUUCUCAAACUCGACGCGAUCGAGACCUCCAGCGAGGAGGGCGCGCGGGCUCGCAGGAAGGCGCUGGUGGUGGAAGUGCAGAAAGCGUUGAAGGCGCUUGACGACGCGAGGAACUUGAUAUGACGACCGGCGAUCCAACAGUCAACAUCGAGGCUCGGAUCCGGCAGACGUUUCCAUUGCCGGAACCCCUGUCCGGCCGAUUCCGCCCUUAUUCACCUCCGAUCUUGAUUCGCUAUAGCCGUCAGCGCCUGAGGACGUCCUCCCUGGCGAGCGAGUUUCCAGCCAUGCACUCCAUUACCUUGUACAUACGUAUUGUUCAUUUCAGGAAGUCAGUCACUGGGUGCAUGAAACAUCUGGUCGGGUGGUGUUUCUCGACCUCCGCUCUCCGUCCCGCGGGAAGAAAGGGGACUACAAUAGACCGCCAUUUCCAGCGGUUGAACUUGCAACCGUUCUGGC